AUGCCGGUGUUUCACACACGCACGAUUGAAAGCAUUUUGGAGCCGGUGGCGCAGCAGAUCUCGCACCUGGUGAUUAUGCACGAGGAGGGCGAGGUGGACGCGCCAGAUUCUGCGGGUGGGACGCCGACUCCCUGCUCUGUGACCUUGAGCAAGCCCCCCGCGAGACUCGCAGGGCCUCAGUCUCCUCAUCUAGAAAAUGGGGCAGUCGUGAAAAAGGCUGCCUUGCGGGUUGGAAAAGAGACUGUUCAAACCACUGAAGAUCAGAUUUUGAAGAGAGAUAUGCCACCAGCAUUCAUUAAGGUUGAGAACGCUUGCACCAAGCUCGUGCAGGCAGCCCAGAUGCUUCAGUCAGACCCCUACUCCGUGCCUGCUCGGGAUUACCUGAUCGAUGGGUCCAGGGGCAUCCUCUCCGGCACGUCAGACCUGCUCCUGACCUUCGAUGAGGCUGAGGUUCGUAAAAUUAUUAGAGUUUGCAAAGGAAUUCUGGAAUAUCUUACAGUGGCAGAGGUGGUGGAGACUAUGGAAGAUUUGGUCACUUAUACAAAGAAUCUUGGGCCAGGAAUGACCAAGAUGGCCAAGAUGAUUGACGAGAGACAGCAGGAGUUGACUCACCAGGAGCACCGAGUAAUGCUGGUGAACUCCAUGAACACGGUCAAAGAGUUGCUUCCAGUUCUCAUUUCCGCUAUGAAGAUUUUUGUAACAACUAAAAACUCUAAGAAUCAAGGAAUAGAAGAAGCUUUGAAAAAUCGCAAUUUUACUGUAGAAAAGAUGAGUGCUGAAAUUAACGAGAUCAUUCGUGUAUUACAACUCACUUCUUGGGAUGAAGAUGCCUGGGCCAGCAAGGACACUGAAGCCAUGAAGAGAGCAUUGGCCUCCAUAGACUCCAAACUGAACCAGGCCAAAGGUUGGCUUCGUGACCCUAGUGCCUCCCCAGGGGACGCUGGUGAGCAGGCCAUCAGGCAGAUCCUAGAUGAAGCUGGAAAAGUCGGUGAGCUCUGUGCAGGCAAGGAGCGCAGGGAGAUCCUGGGGACGUGCAAGAUGCUGGGGCAGAUGACUGACCAGGUGGCUGACCUCCGGGCCAGAGGACAAGGAGCCUCUCCAGUGGCCAUGCAGAAAGCCCAGCAGGUGUCCCAAGGUCUGGAUGUGCUCACAGCGAAAGUGGAAAAUGCAGCUCGCAAGCUGGAAGCCAUGACAAACUCAAAGCAGAGCAUUGCAAAGAAGAUCGAUGCUGCUCAGAACUGGCUUGCAGAUCCAAAUGGUGGACCUGAAGGAGAAGAACAGAUUCGAGGAGCUUUGGCUGAAGCACGCAAAAUAGCAGAAUUGUGUGAUGAUCCUAAAGAGAGAGAUGACAUUCUGCGCUCCCUUGGAGAAAUAUCUGCUCUGACUUCUAAAUUAGCAGAUUUACGAAGACAGGGGAAAGGAGAUUCCCCAGAGGCCCGAACAUUGGCCAAACAGGUGGCCACAGCCCUGCAGAACCUGCAGACCAAAACCAACAGGGCUGUGGCCAACAGCAGACCUGCCAAAGCAGCUGUUCACCUCGAGGGCAAGAUAGAGCAAGCACAGCGGUGGAUCGAUAAUCCCACAGUGGACGACCGGGGUGUUGGUCAAGCUGCCAUCCGGGGGCUUGUGGCUGAAGGGCAUCGUCUGGCCAACGUCAUGAUGGGGCCUUACCGCCAAGAUCUUCUUGCCAAGUGUGACCGUGUGGACCAGCUCACAGCUCAGCUGGCUGACCUGGCUGCCCGAGGGGAAGGGGAGAGUCCUCAGGCGAGAGCACUUGCCUCACAGCUCCAGGACUCCUUAAAGGACCUGAAAGCCCGGAUGCAGGAGGCUAUGACUCAGGAGGUGUCAGAUGUUUUCAGUGAUACCACAACUCCUAUCAAACUAUUGGCGGUGGCAGCUACAGCCCCUCCUGAUGCACCCAAUAGGGAAGAGGUGUUUGAUGAGAGGGCAGCAAACUUUGAAAACCAUUCAGGAAGGCUUGGGGCCACAGCGGAGAAGGCAGCUGCGGUGGGAACUGCUAAUAAAUCAACAGUGGAAGGCAUUCAGGCGUCAGUGAAGACGGCUCGAGAACUCACACCCCAGGUGGUUUCGGCUGCUCGAAUCUUACUUAGGAACCCUGGAAAUCAAGCUGCUUAUGAACAUUUUGAAACCAUGAAGAACCAAUGGAUUGAUAAUGUUGAAAAAAUGACAGGGCUGGUGGACGAAGCCAUUGAUACCAAGUCUCUGUUGGAUGCUUCUGAAGAAGCAAUUAAAAAAGACCUGGACAAGUGUAAGGUAGCCAUGGCCAACAUUCAGCCUCAGAUGCUGGUUGCUGGGGCAACCAGUAUUGCUCGUCGGGCUAACCGGAUCCUACUGGUGGCUAAGAGGGAAGUGGAGAACUCUGAAGAUCCUAAGUUCCGUGAGGCUGUGAAAGCUGCCUCUGAUGAAUUGAGCAAAACCAUCUCCCCAAUGGUGAUGGAUGCAAAGGCUGUGGCCGGAAACAUUUCUGACCCUGGCCUGCAGAAGAGCUUCCUGGACUCAGGAUAUCGGAUCCUGGGAGCCGUGGCCAAGGUCAGAGAAGCCUUCCAACCUCAGGAACCUGACUUCCCGCCUCCACCACCAGACCUUGAACAGCUUCGUCUAACAGAUGAGCUUGCUCCUCCCAAACCACCUCUGCCUGAGGGUGAGGUCCCUCCACCCAGGCCUCCCCCUCCAGAGGAGAAGGAUGAAGAGUUCCCUGAGCAGAAAGCCGGGGAGGUGAUUAACCAGCCAAUGAUGAUGGCUGCCAGGCAGCUCCAUGAUGAAGCUCGCAAAUGGUCUAGCAAGGGCAAUGACAUCAUUGCAGCAGCCAAGCGCAUGGCUCUGCUGAUGGCUGAAAUGUCUCGGCUGGUGAGAGGUGGCAGUGGUACCAAGCGGGCACUCAUCCAGUGUGCCAAGGACAUCGCCAAGGCCUCAGAUGAGGUGACUCGAUUGGCCAAGGAGGUUGCCAAGCAGUGUACAGAUAAGCGGAUUAGAACCAACCUCUUACAGGUGUGUGAGCGAAUCCCAACUAUCAGCACCCAACUGAAAAUCCUGUCCACAGUGAAGGCCACCAUGCUGGGCCGGACCAACAUCAGUGACGAGGAGUCUGAGCAGGCCACAGAGAUGCUGGUUCAUAAUGCCCAGAACCUCAUGCAGUCUGUGAAGGAAACUGUGCGAGAGGCAGAAGCUGCUUCAAUCAAAAUCCGAACAGAUGCUGGAUUUACACUGCGCUGGGUCAGAAAGACUCCCUGGUACCAGUAGGCACCUAGCGUACCUCCUGCUGGUGCAGAAACCCCUAUUGAAGAGAAAGAGAGCAAUCUGAGUUCCAGGAGCCACCCAGAAUUGUUGGGAUCUGAAAGCUACUUCUUGGCUUCAUGAAUUAGGAAGGAAUGGGGGCCUCUUCAAAACGUUUAUAUUCUUUUGUCGUGGACACUUUGAAAUGUAUCUCCAUAUAAAUCCUGUAUUCUCAAACAGUUAUACUCAUGCACACUCUAUCCCAGUAGGAGGACUGGGUCUCUAGCCAAGGACUU